AUGGACCACCCGUUAAAAAAAGUACGAUUAAAUUUUAGUCAAUCCCGUAGUCAAAGACGUACAGGUGGAACCUUUCAAAUUCAUAGUGGAGCACCAUUUGAUAAUACAACAAUUGUUAUUGGUGGUGGAUCUUCAAUAAAUGAUGGAAAUAAUUCAAAUGAAAAUGGAGAUUUAGGCAAUUUUCUUCAAACUAUUUUUACACAACUUGCCGGUGGACUCACUGGUGGUGGUGGUGCACAGUUUCCUUUUAUUAUGCACAAUGGUGGUGGUGCAGCUUUUGUUGAUUCAACAAAUCUUGAUGCUCUUCUUACUCAACAUGGAACAUGUCGUGUAACAUUAGAUGGUGAUAAUACAACAAAUCAUGAAUAUGUUAAUCUUCAACCAAAUCAACAACAAACAACAUCAUCAAUCAUCGUGAUCAAAUAA